AUGACAAAGCCUGAUGUGAUCCUCAAGUUGGAGCAGGAAUCAGCACCAGAGAUGGUGGAAAAAUCUGUCAACCAGGGACUUUCAGAUGCCUACAGAAAGAAUGAGCUGCUUGGAGCUAAUCAGAAAAGUCAAGAAAUAUUCCUCAGGAAGCCUAAUGAAAUGCUAUUUUGGAAAAAGCAUGCUUCUAAUGUCCCCGAGAAUAGCCUCCAGAGUGAAGAAAGUCUCACUCAGCAGGACAAGACAGACAUUUGUCUAAAGUCUUUUGAACAUGAUGGGAAAGAAAAAGCGUUCAGUGGGAAGAAGAUAUCCCUUAUGUGUGGGCCAGUUUAUACUAAAGAGCCAUGUAAUCAGCAACCUGUCAAUGUGGGAGAAACAGUUCAGGUUGAGAAGACAAUGUUCCACAACAAUCAUUUUGGCAAGAAUCAGGAAACACAAUCAAGAGGGAGACUCCAUGGACAUUGCAAGAAUGAGAAAUCUCUUAUGUAUAAAACAAAUGUCAACACAAAUCAGAUAAGCCAGACAGCAAAAAGUUACUAUAAGUGCAGCUACUGUACAAAAUCUUUUAGUUGUAAAUCUUGCCUUUCCACCAAGCAGAGAACUGACACAGGAGAACGUUUCUAUGUGUGUAAUGAAUGUAAAGAAAACAUGUACCAGAAGUCAGAACUUAGAAGAGAUCAGAUCCUUCUCACUGAAGAGAAGCGAUAUGAAUGCAAUAAGUCUGGAGAAGCUUUUGAUGAGCAAUUGUUUAUCAAGAGACCUGAGAGAAUUCACACAGGGAGGAAAACUUAUGAAUGUAGAGACUGUGGAAAAGCUUUUUCUCAGAAGUCACACCUAACCCAGCAUCAAAGAAUUCACACAGGGGAAAAACCUUAUGAGUGUCGUGAGUGUGGAAAAGCUUUUUCUGUGAAGUCACACCUAAUCGAGCAUCAGAGAAUUCACACAGGGGAAAAACCUUAUGAGUGUCGUGAGUGUGGAAAAGCUUUCUCUAAAAAAUCACACCUAAUCAGGCAUCAACGAAUCCACACAGGGGAAAAAUCUUAUGAAUGUGCUGAGUGUGGAAAAACUUAUGCCAGACACUCAGGUCUGACUGUACAUCAGAGACUCCACACCAGGGAAAAACCUUAUGAAUGUAGUGAGUGUAGAAAAGCAUUUUCUGUGAAGUCACACCUAAUCAUACAUCAGAGAAUCCACACUGGAGAAAGACCUUAUGGAUGUACCCAGUGUGGAAAAACUUUUUCCCACCAGUCACGUCUCAUAACACAUCAGAGAAUCCACACAGGGGAAAAACCAUAUGAAUGUAGUGAAUGUGGAAAAUCUUUUAUCCAAAGCUCAUGUCUCAGAACACAUAAAAGAAUCCACACAGGGGAAAAACCUUAUCAAUGUAGCCAGUGUGGGAAAGCAUUUGCUUACAGGUCAUAUCUCAUAACUCAUAAGAGAAUCCACACAGGGGUAAGACCUUAUGAAUGUAGCCAGUGUGGAAAAGCUUUUACCCAAAAGUCAAGUCUUACAACACAUCAAAGAAUCCACACAAGAGAAAAACCAUAUGAAUGUAGUAAGUGCGGAAAAGUUUUUGGGAUGAAAUCUGAUCUUAAAGUAAAUCAGAUAACCCAAACAGCAAAAAGUCACUAUAUGUGCUGCUACUGUGAAAACAUUUUUAGCAGUAAGUCUUGCAUUAAGAUCAAGCAGAGAAUUGACACAGGAGAAAAUUACUAUGUGUGCAAUGAAUGUGAAGACGUUUUUUACAAGCAGUCACAACUCACAGGAGAUCAGAUCGUAAACACUGCAGAGAAGCCAUAUGAAUGCAGUGAACUUGAAAAAGCCAUUUACCAGCAGUUAUCUCUCAUUACAUAUCAGAGAAUUAACACAGGGGAAAAACCUUAUGGAUGUACUGAGUGUGGAAAAACGUUUUCUCGUAAGUCAAACUUGAUCAUGCAUUGGAGAAUCCACACUGGCGAAAAACCUUAUGAAUGUGGUGAAUGCGGGCGAACCUUUGCCAAACAGUCAGGUCUCAUUGUACAUCAGAGAACCCACACUGGGGAAAAACCUUAUGAAUGUAAUGAGUGUGGAAAAGCAUUUAUGAGCCAGUCAGACCUCAUAAGACAUCAACGAACCCACACAGGGGAGAAACCUUAUGAGUGUAUUGAGUGUAGAAAAGCUUUUUCUCAGAAAUAUCAGCUAAGUUUACAUCAUAGAAUCCACACUGGGGAAAAACCUUAUGAAUGCAGUGAGUGUGGAAAAGCCUUUAGAUGCCAGUCAGAUCUCUUUCGACAUCACAUAAUCCACACUGGGGAAAAACCUUAUCAAUGUAAUGAGUGUGAAAAGGCCUUUAACAAUCAGUCAGGUCUCAUUAGACAUCGGAGAACCCACACAGGGGAAAAACCUUAUGAAUGUAACGAGUGUCAAAGAGCCUUUUCCAACCAGGCAGAUCUCAUUAAACAUCAUAGAACCCACACAGGGGAAAGACCUUAUGAAUGUAAUGAGUGUGGAAAAGCCUUUACCAACCAGUCAGGUCUCGCUAGACAUCGGAGAACCCACAGAAGGGAAAAACCUUAUAAAUGUAGUGAAUGUCAGAAAGCCUUUGCCAGCCAGUCAGGUCUCAUUGGACAUCAGAGAGUCCACACUGAGAAAACCCUUAUGAAUAUAGUGAAUAUGUAA